AAGUUCGGGGGGAGGAGGGGGCAACUUUUCAUCGUCGAUAUUGUCCUUACGUCGUGCCAUCCCGAGCAGUUAUAUAUACGGUCACAUCUGGAGAAAGAGUUCAGUUUUAAUAACAGCAACCAACAGCCCAGGCGGCCCAGAGCAACUAUCAAACAAGCCACUUAUAAAGCUUUUCUUUCUUUCAAUAUCAUUCAAACCCUUGAAAUAGACUUUUUUUUUUUUUCCCUCUUCUUCCAUCGAUAUCACACCACUAGCACACACAAUCAGUAUGGCGCAAAGAAUCGUUGCUUGCUACCGAUGGAUCAAGGCCGCUAG